CCAGAGGAGCUCAUCUCGCAGGGCAUCUUGGAUGAGGCGGAGGAUCCGCGGAAGCCGAGUUUUUAGCUUCACUCUGUCUUGGUCUCAGGCUUGGGCUCGGGAUCGGGCUGUAGGGUUGUAGGGUUGUAUGAUGGGCGUUUUUUGCUUUUGGUUUGGUUGGUUUGUUUUUAGGCUAUGCGCGGGUUGGUUGAGGGUUUGCUUUUAUUUGGUGGGUAUGGUUGUUUUAUGCUUGAUGCGGUUAUUGAGUUUAGCAACAGGACAGAAGACAGACAGACACGGUAUAUGAUGUGAUCUGACUUAUGGACAUGGACAUGGAC